UAUUUUAGAUUAAAGGGAAACUACUCUAUUAUUUAAAAAAAAGGAAGAUGGCUGAUGUUUUUAUUAUUAAUUAUUGUUUGCCUUUGAAUAUGCUCUAUUAUUACUAUUAAAUAUAAAAAAAAUGGCGACAAACUUUGAAGGCUGGGCUAAUUUACCUGACCCCAUUAUUGUGCAUACACUGACCUACCUAUCUGUAGCUGACCGAUGUCGUGCUGGACAAACCUGCAGACAUUGGCAUCAGUGUCUUGCAACCCCUCUGCUUUGGAAAGAAUUUAAUUGUGGUUUUUUUUAUCCGCAACAUGGCAAACUUCUAAAAUGUAUGGAGCAGUAUAGCCACUUCAUCACAAAACUGACUAUAGCUUUAAACCAAAAGGAGAUUGAGAAUAGGAAGCAUGCCAUUUCUGCAGUUGAGUUGAUUGCAGGCUUGGAUGAAAUAAGAUUAACUCAUUUAACCAUACAGUUCAAGGGAGAAAACCCAUACUUUUAUGGUGGCAGUGAAUUUAUUGAAGCCCUCUUACAUCUGUUGUGCAUGGUGGGUAAACAAAAAGGCAAGUACACUUUGAAAUAUUUGAAUUUUAGUGAUCUUCAAGUGAAUUUUGACAACAGCUUUUUAAGUGGAAUAGCUAAUAACUGCCCAAACUUAGAAUACCUCAAUAUUUUAAACAAAAGUUUGGUUUGCAAUGUUUCACCUGAGGGUGUGGCCUAUUUGGUACAUCAAUGCAGAAAGCUGCAAGUUCUACAUUUGUAUCACACAAGCUUGACCGACGACGUCCUUAAAAAACUUUCAGAGCCUGGCAGAGGAGCCCUUCAGAGACUAGGAGUUGUUUGCAGGCGAGAUGAAAAAUAUGGUGAAGAUAUUUCAGCAGAUGCUUGGUCAGAGCUUGUUCAUACCAACCCAGAUUUAAAAGUAGAGCUUGGCUUUGAUCACACUUGCCCACUGCAUCGAGUGUCAGAAAUUCUGAAAGCUGAAAUUCCUGUUGAAGAGCUACAUCUCUCUACAUUUACCAGGAUUUAUGAUGAAAUUAAUAUUGCUGUGGCCUACUAUGCAAAUACUUUACAAAAACUUGUAGUACAUACCAGGCCCUCGCAGGAGUUGAAUGAUGCGCUUUUGAAUGUGGCACAGAAAUGCUGGAAGCUUCACACUCUCUAUGUCUACUGUGUUGUUGACAAAAGUGUCAUUGAGAGAAUCCUAGAGAGCUGCCCAAGAAUGAGAGAAAAAGGCACGUACAUCCUUAAAUGGCAAAAAGAUCCUGAACCAUGGACUGUUGGCAAAGAAGAAGGAGAUUAAGUUAAGUGUUAAAUAUAUAAUGCUUUUCACUUUAUACUAUUAAAAUAGUAUAUCUGUGUUGAAAAUAACAAUAAUUUAUUUCUUGCUUUUUGUGUAUAAAUAAUGUAAUACAACUUUCUUUUUAUGUGCUUAACCGUCUUUCAAAAAGGCUUUAUAAUUUAUAACUUGUGCUAAAUGUUUUUUGUUUCCAGUGGCUGUGAAUUACUCUCCAGUGUACAUAUUUUUAUUUUUAGGUAGAUUAUUUUUUCUUGUUUGAUGAAGAUAUAUCUGAUUAAUGCCAAAAAUUUUUGUAGUUAUUUAUAGUUUUCUGUUAAGCAUUAAUCUGACAUGUUUUUUUCUUUUUGUGUCAUAUAAUGAUUUACUAUAUAUAUAAUAUUUUUUAUGUUACUCAAAACAUUUAGAAUAACUACUCAGUUGAGAUUGUAAUAGUAAUAGUAUUUAUUGUAGUAAUCUCUUACCAUUUUAUUACUUUUAAAAUUUUUGUUUCACUGCUUUUAAUUAUUAGCUUUCUUCAUUACUUAUUAAUAUUCUUAAAAAGCUACACAUAUUGUAUACAUUCUGAUAUAUAAUAGUAUAACCCAAAUCAAGCACUAAAAGUUUUUAAGGGAAAUCACCACCAAGAAGAAAUAGUUGUUAUAAGCUUUUAUUUAACUUGCUUUCUUGUUCUUUUGUUAUGCUAUGUCAUGGAUCAAAAUUGCCAAGCAAAAUUUUGACCAUUCUAACAGACAGAAUAUUUUCAAACUUGACCCGAUGACAUUGCAAUCUGACACCAAAUCUGCCUUAAUUGGAUGCCUAAUAAAUUUUUUAGGAGAUUUAAUUAAAAUUUUCAAUAAUUAUCAAGUACUAUGUACCACACGUUUUCUGUGUUCAUUUAGUGAGAAAUUGUUUUUAGUAAUGCGACUCUAUUGUAUUAAAAAUUUCAAAAUACUGAAAUAAAAAUGUAGAAAAAAUGUUUUAAUAACGAUCUUUUAUAUAAUAAACCAUUAAACAGGAGAAAAUAAAUGAUUUUUA